CCUUCCCUUCCCCAGCCCCUUUCCCCUCCUCCCCUCGCUCCUUAAACGGGAUUCCGGCUGGGCGAGCCGCGGGACGGCAUCACCGGGCAUCCCGCUGCUGCGGAGCCCCGGCCGAUCUGUCAGGUCCUCGCUGUCCCUCCCCGCACACACACACGCUCAGCCCCACCCGGAAAGCAAGAAAAAUAAUUUUACGAGGUCUCCCCACCCCCCCCCCACCCCCCUCUCCCCUUUUCCUUAGCUCCUCGCCCGUGGCUCCCUAGUGGGAAAAAUCGCCUCUGGGGCGAAGGGGAGUGUUGGUAAAAAGCCGGUGGUGAAGGGGGGGAGAGCCGCUCCGUGGGGAGGGCACCCCCAAGGCAGCGGGCAGUCCCCACCCGCCCCCCGGGGAAGGGGGGGGGGGGGAUGAGGUAGAAGCCGGCGGCGGAGCGCCCCGCCGGCCGCCGUGGCCGCGGAGGGCAUGAGGCGGCGAGCGGCGGGGAUGGGCUCCAGCGCACGGUGCUAGAGCCCCGGCAGCAGCCAAGGAGCUUACUGGCCUCAGUGGAUUCUUGAUUUAUAUCAGGCUAAAGCAGAGAGGAGGGCAAAGUUUUACUCGCUGAGCGCCAAGGAAUGACUUACAAGUCUGAGAGGACGGUAGCCUGUACGAUACGGAGGGAUCUGGUUUUCAAAAUGGAAUUGCAGCUCGCGCUCCUUUUCGCAGGGAUAAUUGCGUUUUCGGACUCGGCGAGAGGCCCCCCAAGGAUUGCUGAUAAAGUGAUUCACCGUCAGUCCGUGAGGCUAGGGAGGACCAUCAAGCUCCUGUGCCCAGUGGAGGGCGACCCCCCGCCUCUCACCAUGUGGAUGAAGGAUGGACGCACUAUCCACAGCGGCUGGACAAGGUUCCGAAUCCUUCAGCAAGGGCUGAAAAUCAAGGAGGUGGAGAGCGAAGAUGCGGGAACCUACAUUUGCAAAGCCACCAAUGGCUUUGGUAGCACCAAUGUGAAUUACACCCUCAUCGUGAUUGAUGAUGCCAGCUCAGGAAAGGAUAGCCAAGUACCUGAAGGCUCCAAUGGAGAAUACGAAGAUCAUUCUGGGAAGCAAUGGGCCCGGCCCAGGUUCACACAACCUGCCAAGAUGAGACGGAGAGUGAUCGCCCGUCCUGUCGGCAGCUCCAUCCGCCUGAAGUGUGUGGCCAGUGGGAACCCACGGCCUGACAUCACGUGGCUGAAGGACAAUAAGCCCCUCACACCCCAAGAGAUUGGGGAGAACAAGAAGAAAAAGUGGACGCUGAACCUGAAGAACCUGAAGCCAGAGGAUAGCGGGAAAUACACCUGCCGAGUGUUUAACAAAGUUGGAGAAAUCAACGCAACAUACAAAGUUGAAGUAAUCCAGAGGACGAGGUCCAAGCCCAUCCUGACAGGGACGCACCCUGUCAACACGACGGUAGACUACGGUGGGACCACAUCAUUCCAGUGCAAAGUCCGCAGCGAUGUCAAACCCGUCAUCCAGUGGCUGAAAAGGGUGGAGUAUGGCACGGAGAGCAAGUACAACUCAACCAUUGACGUUGGGGGACAGAAGUUUGUUGUGCUGCCCACAGGGGAGGUCUGGUCCCGUCCCGAUGGUUCCUACUUGAACAAACUGAUGAUUACUCGAGCCAAGGAAGAGGAUGCAGGGAUGUACAUUUGCCUAGGGGCAAACACCAUGGGCUACAGCUUUCGCAGUGCUUUUCUCACAGUCCUGCCAGAUCCCAAGCCUCCGAGUGCACCUGUGCCCCCUUCCUCGGCCAGCAGCCUGCCCUGGCCCGUGAUCAUCGGCAUCCCUGCCGGAGCUGUCUUCAUUUUUGGGACGAUCCUCUUGUGGCUUUGCCAGACCAAGAAGAAACCCUGCUCCCCUCCAGCUGCUGCCCCUGUGCACCGGCCGCAGCCCCGGGACAGGAUCUGCGUCUCCCAGGUCCCCGACAAAGACUGCAUCUCCUCCAUAAACUAUGAGGAAUAUGUUGCCCAGCAGCAGCAUUUAUUGUCCCAAGGGCCUGCACUCGCCCCGGCCAUGGCAUCCAAAAUGUACCCAAAGAUUUAUACGGACAUCCACACCCACACCCACUCGCACGUGGAAGGCAAAGUCCAUCAGCACCAGCACAUUCAGUACCAGUGCUAAGAGGGCGGCUGUGUACAGUAGCUCGUUCGGGCUUUUCCUCGUGGUACCUCAGAAGAGACUGCUCCAAGUCAGCUCACACUGCCAGCAAUAGGCAAAGCAGACAGAAAAGAUUAUAUAUAUAAUUUUAAAUAUAUAUAUACAUAUAUAUAUAAUUGUAUAUGCGUGUGUGUAUGUGUGUAUAUAUAUAUGUGUAUAUAUCUAUAUCUAUCUAUAUAAAUAUAUAUAUAAUAGAGAAAGACAGAGAGAGAAAAGAGUUUUUUGUUUUUUAUUAUUGCAAUCAGGAUGUAGCCGAGGAAUAAUGAAGGAACUCCACAUCUCAGCAGAGAGGCAGCCAUCUCCAACAGCAGAGACUUCCAGAUUUUUUAAUCAAGGUGGCAACGAGUGAGACAGGACAUAGGGACGUGAGCCACCACCUCCUUCCUUGUGUUGCUAAAAGGAUCAAGAAGAGCAAGAGGUGACUGUAACGCUUUUCUGGAUGGGCACUGCUGUUCCCGUGCCUGCUGCACAUCACUUGUUUCGGUGGGAAGCCCCCAGACCUGUCCUGCUCUGAGUGAUUCGAGCUCUGAAGUACCUGAGGUUUAGUGCCAAAGCACCAGGAGACAUAACCAAUUCACCUCUUCCAGGGAAAAAAAUAACACAAGAGGGUCGGAAAAACUACUUUCUAUUCACAACAUGAAACACUGAAUGCUUCUCAAUCAUGGUCAUUUGGUCUGAAACGCGAACGAAGCUGGUUGGUUCGAUUUCUGCAAGUUGAAGGCAUCGUGUUUCCCAUGGGGUGUUCUGCAGAACAAAUCACAAGAGCGCUACUCCCCUGGUCCUAGGACUCAGUGCCACUGCCAGGAAAAAGGAAAGAAGGAAAGAGGAACAUUGUACAGAACACCUUUAUAUUUAUAUUUAAGAAAUAAUAAUAAUUAAUAAUAAUAAUAAUUGAACUGCUGAUGGUGAAGAAAACAAAACACGCUGUCCUUCUCUGAUGGCUCACAGUGAAAAGCUACUGGAUUUUCUACAUCAAUGCAAAAUACAUGAAAACAUUAGAAAAAUGAGUAAGAAACAAAGAGAACGAAAUAAUAAUCUUGUAGGAAAAAACGCAUUUGAGAAAUAUUCACCUAGGUUGUGUGUGGUUGUCCCCUCCCCUCAGAUAACAUUUUGGAAAUGAUGCAACUUUAUUGCAGUUCAAACAACAGUCAAAACAGAAAGAAGAGAAAAUAAAUAAGGACCAUAUUAAAUACCUAUAUGGACUGGAAAUGAAUCCAAUUGCAAAUAUAAAACCUUUGUAAUUCUAUAUAGAGUUUAAACAGAAGUCAUGUAUAUUUAAUUUAUUUUGUUAAACAAGAAAAAAAUGUAUGAUAUUUUCCUCAAAACAGGCAUUUCUAUACGUAUUUUUGAUCAAAGAAAAUAAAGAUUUUUUUUUCAGGUUCUAUAGAUGCCAUGCUCAGAAUAUGCUCAAUGUAGCAUGUGACCAACUGUACUUCUCCUAACCUGGAGGUCAUCUCCAUGCCUUUUUACACUAGCCAUGUGUAAUCUCCUAACAUCACCUCAGGUACUGCUGGUGCCAUCCUUUCCAUCAGAAACUGACCUUUUCCACCAUUUGUAUUCUGGCUGUGAGGGUCUGCAGUGGUCAGAUCACUUCUCAUGGACCCCUUGUCAUCUUCAGUAGCAAAGUUCUCUGCUCACAGAGAAAUCUGUUUCACUAUGCAUUUUUUUGGGGGGGGGGGGGGAGGAGGUUGCAUUUGUUUUUUAAGUACAAACCUGCAGUCGGUUUUCUUUUUAAAAGAAAAUUUUGUAAAUCAAAACAUAGUAAUUUGUGAGCCUGUAAAAUAAACUUCGGCCUUGGGGUGCUUGGGAGGGGAAAAUAUCAAAUGUAGGUGAAACACUUCAUUUGUAAAUGCAGCUGCUGAAGGAGGCAGUGGAGGGUGAGUUGGGUGCAGUAAGAAGAGCACGUGGGGAGCUGCUCCCUUCCAGGAGGGCUCACACCUUCAUUCUGCUGCAUGCCACAGAGAGGCACGCAACCCUUUAGUGGCCAAAAUUUUCUUUACAGAAGCCAAGUUCAGCAAUGCUGCAACUGUUUGCUGUUCACUUGAGUUUCACUUAAAGUUUGCUGGUAAAAAAACCCUGAAAAUUUGAAACAUGCCAAUUUUUAUGUUUGAAAUUACUUCCUUCUCAAGCCUGCUUCGCAAAAGAGCUCUUUAACAAACUAGCUGCUCCAUUUAAAAGUGAAACACUUCAUUUAAUCUGAAACAAAACAAUGCUUUAGGCUUUGCUUUUCUCUGAAUGUUUCCGAAGGUAUUUGCUCUGGGUUGACCUGCAGUGAUUUUUCUGCGGGCUUGUUUGAAUCACCAGCAAACCAAACAGUUCCCUGUUUGCUCAGCCGUAGCGCUGUGAGAUGGGACCCUGAUUCAGCAAAGCAUGUAAGCGCCCGCUUUCCUUCACCAACACAAGCUGCUCCAAAAAGUCCCUUUUUUGCCUUAGCCACCCGGAUCAAUUGCUCCAUCCCUGCCCACUGUGCUGGUGCUGGCUGGGGUCAUCCAGUAACUCUGGGGAAGAGAAGGAGGAGGAGGAGGAGGAGAAGGAGGAAGAAGAGGAAGUACAAGAGGGAGACCUUCCUACUCGCAUGGUGUUUACCAACUGGCACUGUUGCAAUAUAGCACUGCAUAGCACACUGCUGCUUUCCUGUAUGCUGUAGUAGGAAAACCAUGUUACAAUCUCUACAGGAAGACUGUCCCUCACAAUGAUCUUCCUGCAGAGGUUAUAAUAAAGCAACCCAUUGCUAAUUAUUUCAGCAGGAGGGUUCAAUUACACUUCGUUAACACAAAUUUGUGAAGUCCAUAAAAGCUAAAUUCAGGUCAUGGGUAUCUUUCUAUACAUCCUCUCAGCUUCAGGGAGACUUAAAUGUGAGCACUGAGGGCUCUGUUCGGAUAUAAGGUAUGAUUUAGGCAGGAGUUCUUGAUGGCUGUAGUUUAUUGAGUAAUUUCAUUUAAAAAACCCUAAAAAGCCUUUAUACACUAAGUGCAUCACCUUUAUUUUAAGAAGGCAGUAAGUGGAUGUUUCCAUCAGAGAUACCAAGGGCUACAUCUCCUAUCUCAUGCUUAUGGGAAGCUACUUACUGCACCCAGUACAUCCCAAGGUACCGCACGUUUCAGCAGCGUUAGGGGCAUAGCAGAGGGCAGGAUUCACCUGUAAGCCCGUGGCCCUUUUCUGCUUUCCGAGCUGGUGCUGCAGCGAAAGGAUAUUUCUAACACAUGCUGUUACCAGUUUCAAAUACCUGAUACCAGUUUCAAAGGUGGAGGUGAACACUGGUUUUGUACGGUCCAGCUCUAAGCAAAUCCUAAGAGACUGUCUUACAGCACUUUUACAAAUGGCAGCUUCACUGCUGACCCUCAGAAAGAGGGUUAGCGGAUUAAGAGAAGCAAUCUUCCAUUUCCCAUGCAGCACAAUCUUCCACGCUGAGCAUAACGCUCUCCACUGGUGCCUUCUACCCUUUGAGAUCCAGCUCCGUAGUGGUGUAUCAUGCUGUCAAAAACUUUACCUAUUGCCAGGUGGCUCAAGCAGAAGGAGUGGCCUCUUCCCACCCUUUAAAGCUCCUGUCUUUAGAUAGAAGUCUCUAGUGAUGCUGACAGAGAGGUCCCCAAAGGCAAACACUGCAGUAAACCACCCAGUGUGGACGCUGCAACAGCCAAGCACAGCUGCAGCUCCCAGCCAUGGCGCUGAAAAGACAGCUCUGGUUUUGGAUGUGCCAUGUGAGACGCCAUAAAGAUCUUGAUUUGCAGAAAGUGUGGGGUUUUCAUCCUGCCUUGGGUAUUGGCUCCCUCUUGAGCAUCUCCUGUUGGGCACCCAAACUCAUGUAAAAUUUCCCCCCUAGGAAAAUACCAUCCUAUGCCCUAUUUAAGAGGGGCUGUAUAUAUUGUCUGGGCCUUGUGCUGGCCUGCUGUGCCUGGGUGGGUUUUGCAUUUUUGAGGAAUUAUUUUACCUCCACAGAGUACCUGUAAGUGCUCUUAAGAGUCACUCUGUCCCAUGCUCUACUGCAUGUCAUUUAUUUUUAGGGCUUGAUUGUGCCUUGCAUGUAUUGCAAAGUCUUCCUUAGUCUAAAUAAAUUCAUCCAAGUCCUGCUCAUGUUUGAAUUUGUUUUUCUUCAGUGGGACAAGAUUUGGACUCAUCUUCGAUCAUGAAUA